GUUGCUUUACUUCUUUCUCUCUCCAGUUCGUUGAGCAUUGCUGCGCCUAAGAGCACUAAUCCCGUCUCCUUUCGUUCGCUCUGUUGAUUACCAGAUUCCGCCAUGGCGACUGGAGCUGCACCGGCGCGUCAACUCUCACAGAAAGAGGCCGACAUUCAGAUGAUGUUGGCAGCCGAGGUUCAUCUUGGCACCAAAAAUUGCAAUUUUCAAAUGGAACGAUACGUUUUUAAGCGCAGAAAUGAUGGUAUCUACAUCAUUAACCUUGGUAAAACAUGGGAGAAACUUUACAUGGCUGCUAGAGUUAUUGUGGCUAUAGAGAAUCCUCAAGAUAUCAUUGUUCAAUCUGCUAGGCCCUAUGGUCAGAGGGCUGUUUUGAAGUUUGCUCAGUACACUGGUACUCAUGCUAUUGCAGGAAGGCACACUCCCGGAACAUUUACCAACCAGCUACAAACGUCGUUCAAUGAACCACGUCUUCUUAUACUUACUGAUCCUAGAACUGAUCAUCAGCCUAUUAAGGAAGGUGCCCUUGGGAACAUUCCUACAAUAGCCUUUUGUGACACUGAUUCUCCAAUGCGGUAUGUUGAUAUUGGAAUCCCGGCUAAUAACAAGGGAAAACAUAGCAUAGGAUGUCUGUUUUGGCUUUUGGCAAGGAUGGUUCUACAAAUGCGUGGAACAAUUCGUGCUGGGCACAAAUGGGAUGUUAUGGUGGAUUUGUUUUUCUAUCGUGAGCCAGAGGAGGCUAAGGAGAAAGAAGAGGAAGAAGCUCUUCCACCCCCAGACUUCGGCAUUGCUGACUAUGGUGCUGCUCCACUUGUUGCCUCAGAUCAAUGGGCCGCACAAAUUUCUGAUGCUCAAUGGGGUGCUGCAGAUGUGGUUCCUGCUCCUGCUGCUCCAGCCGCUUCGAGUGUCGAGUGGGCCCCAGAGCCAGUUCCAUUGGCAGCAAAUGAGUGGGAGGCUGCAGUAGCACCUCCACCACCGGCACCACCAGCUGCUGAUGGUGCAGCACCUUCCUCCGCCAGUUGGUUUUGAGAGAGAGGUCCUAACGAUUUGUACUCUAAAUGGAUUCAUUAUUAUGAGUUUGCUUGUUUAUUUAGGAAUACCAUCCUUCUUUUUUGGCUGCUUAAUCGACUCAAUUUUGUUUCUUAGUCCAGUUUUAGAUUUAAAGUUGAAUUACAUCUGACUUCCAAUUACAUCUUC